GUGAACAGGACAUGGACGGACCAGGAGAAACAUAGUAAGCUCAUCUCAAAGAGACUAUUGCUUAAAGACGGGAUGGGUCUCCAACAUCAAAGCUAACAUCUUAAGGAUGAAUUCAAAGAGAAAUAUCAAAGGAGACAAGGAAUAAUACUGCCAGGAAACAAAUUGGCAAAGACAUGAAAGGAUAAUGAGGAUAGAAUUUUGUUUUUUCCCGUUUCGGAACGUUACCUCUGUAUGCCUGCAAGGUAUAAUUCAGUGAUUUAUUCUGUAAAAAGAUGGACAUUUAUUAGAAGAUACAUGCCAAACAUUCCCAUUGUGAAAAAAAGAAGUUAUAGUCAACAGUGCUGUAAAUCAUAAGGCCUUAUGGAGUGCUUCCUUUUUUCAGUUUAUUAUAUUUGUCCUCACCACUUGAAACUUUGACUGGCCAAAAAGUUUCCUUUUUAUAGUGGGUGGACCAAGUUGAAGGUUCCGAUCCUUCCAGUGAGGAAAAUCAUUUGGGAAAAAUGUCUGCUGAAGUUCAUCUGGAUCACAAGAAGAAAGCGAAUCAGAGAGGUGGACCCCCGGCACGCGUCCCCACAGUAACGCUGGUCAGCCACAGAGAGCUGAGGGCGAACGACAGUCGACACAUGCACCAUCACAGAGGCCUCGAUCCAAAGCUGGCACCCAGUUGCCAACACAGAUCUAUUGAAGGUAGUAGAGUGCAGAAGGUUGGAACAAUGCCAGAUUCACCUGCGGAUGUGAAAAACCAGCCCAGGUCCACCCCACCAACCAUGCCUCCUCCACCCCCGGCUGUCAACCAAGCAACUAGUCGUAAUGCUUCUUUCACCCCUGCCACCAGUAAAUCAAUGUUAAAUGGGAGCAGCCAUUCUCCCACAUCACUGAACGGCGCACCGUCCACUCCUAACGGGUUCAGUAACGGGCCGGCCAUGUCAUCAACAUCCUCGCUGUCCAACCAGCAGCUCCCGCCAGCCUGUGGCGCCCGGCAACUCUGCAAGCUGAAGCGCUUCCUUACUACGUUGCAGCAGUUUGGCAACGACAUAUCGCCUGAGAUUGGAGAACGAGUGCGCAGCCUUGUGCUGGGGCUGGUGAACUCUACACUGACAAUUGAAGAGUUUCAUUCCAAACUUCACGAGGCUACCAACUUCCCUCUGAGGCCUUUCGUCAUUCCCUUCCUGAAGGCAAACCUGCCCCUGCUGCAGAGGGAGUUGCUGCACUGUGCCAGGCUGGCCAAACAGACUCCAGCACAAUACCUGGCCCAACACGAGCAGCUUCUCCUGGACGCCAAUGCCAGCUCGCCCCUCGAUUCUUCGGAGAUCAUGUUGGAGAUGAAUGACCAUGGCAAGAGAAGGACCCCUGACAGGACCAAAGACUCCUCAGAGAGAGAUGGCUUGCACCCCGAACACCUUGCUAAAAGGCCCUGCACCAUCAGCCCCAGUCAGCGCUUCAGCCCUAGCACAGGCAUACCUGCCCACCCACCUCCCAAUGGCCUUCCCACACAUCCCCCUAAUGGCCUGCCACACCCACAAAACCCUCAAAUGGGCCCACAGCACUACCGCUUGGAGGACAUGGCGCUGGCACACCAAUACAGAGACGCUUACAGACAUAAUGAACACAGAGACAGCCGAGACAGACAUCGACAGACAGCAGUCCACGGAGCCCGUCAAGAGGAAGUGAUCGACCACCGUCUAACAGAUCGAGAGUGGGCAGAGGAAUGGAAGCACCUUGAUAAUCUCCUGAACUGUAUUAUGGACAUGGUGGAGAAAACGCGCCGCUCUCUGACCGUGCUGCGACGUUGCCAGGAGGCGGAUCGGGAGGAGAUGAAUCAUUGGAUACGGCGCUACAGCGACGUGGAGGAGAUGAAAAAAGGUGGGAGCAACGGACAGCACUGCCUUCCUCCUCCUCUUCCUCCUACUCCUCAUCACAACUCCUCCUCCAACACAGCUAGCAGCAGUGAGACACUGCCCAAAGGAGCUUCUUCCGUUGCUGAAAGGCAGACAGGCAGACAGACAGAGAUCCACAGAGACUUUCUACACAGACCUCCAUCGGGAUACUUGCCAGAAGAAAUCUGGAGAAAAGCUGGUACUACAAGCAUCCCGCUUUCCCCAGCACUAAAGCACCUCCAAAACAAGCAGGAGGAAGCCGUGAAUGAAGUGAAGCGACAGGCGAUGUCAGAGCUGCAGAAGGCUGUGUCAGAUGCUGAGAGGAAAGCUCACGAGAUGAUUUCAGCAGAACGCUCAAAAAUGGAGAGGGCCCUGGCUGAGGCCAAGAGACAAGCCUCUGAGGAUGCACUAACUGUCAUCAACCAGCAGGAGGACUCCAGUGAAAGUUGCUGGAACUGCGGGAGGAAAGCCAGCGAAACCUGCAGUGGCUGCAACACAGCUCGCUACUGCGGCUCAUUCUGCCAACACAAAGACUGGGAGAGACACCACCAUGUCUGUGGUCAAGGCCUCCAGGGCCUGCCAGGGGGGAGCAGCGUACCCCUUGGGACCCCGUCCUCGUCCUCGGCAUCCAGUGCACCCCCCACGCACUCAGAGACCACCCCUUCGGGUCCACUGUCGCUUGUGGGCCAGAGCGGUAUUGCAGCUGGGGCGGGCAGUGGCAGCGGGAGUAUGUCGGCCAGCCCUAAGGAGAGCAGUUCCAGUAGUGCCUCUCGCUCCACCACUCCAGCCACACCCGCCCUACUUGAUGCCACCUCUCGCUGACAUCGGAUUCUUGACCUUUUACCUGUCCCCUCUUAUGACAGUGGCCACUCUCUACAGAAAACCAAACUGAGGAAUCUUUAUCUCACAUUGACCCCCUCCCACAAUUUCGCCCUUGUUCCUUUUUUAAGUUUCUGGCUUUGGAAUUCAGUGUAGUGUAACUGUUAAAAAGCACAAUGGUAAGUGACAGUAACAUAUCACAUUGCUUACUGAGAACCUGGUGACUUGAUUAACGUGCUCUGAAGGGCUACGUUAAGACACGGGGGAUUAAAAGACCAAUUAGCACUUCAAUUUCCUAAUAAUUUAGCUCCAAUGAGAAUACCUAGACCUGUUAUGUGCACAAACAGUCCUGUUCUUCUCUAGUGUCCAAAUGCUAACAAGCUAAGGAUAAGAUUUUUUUUUUUUUUUUUUAAGAGAAUGAGCAAAUGGGAAGACUUGUGAUGCGAGUCCCAAGAAACAUAACUUAGUAUUUAUGAAACCUUUCUUUCUGGCUUUAAUGGAAAACACAGAAAAGUCCAAAUACUGUAUUCUAAAUAAGAGAACAUUGAUAACCAUCAUAAUGACAUUAAACUUAAUGAGUUUAAACUGCUAACUACCUUGCUAGCGAGCCAAGAAAAAUCUACACCGGACUCACCUCUCGAAAUCAUUGUGAACCCAAAUAAAUUCAAAGAUGAAAAAUAACAUGAUCCAAACCUUUGUAUUACACUGCCAAAGUGAGUAAGCGAUAAGGAGAAGCACUCAUAACCAAACACAAAGCAACAUCACCUCCUCAGCAGAUAAGGCUGCCCACGAGAGAAAGAGAGUGAGAGCCAGGCUGCACAGAAUGAGUCAGGCUCUGUUGUGUAGCUGACUUCUGCACUGUGGACAAGACUUCAGCAGUCCUUCAGUGAUGGCCAAGACUAGAGAACAUAUGGACAAUGCUGUGAAUGACUUGGUGAAAUGGACCCAGGCCUCACCCCAAUGAGAUUUGUUCAAGAGCGGGGAAAAAAAAGGAAUGGAAAAGCUAGGCAGACUCAACGGAGAUGAAGUUACAUACACGUCGAUGUAGCUACCAAAAACCUCAAGUUUGGAGGAGCAAUUGCAUACACCAGAAACAUGCAGGCUUUGUAUGUGUACGUUUUUUUUAAAUUUCCAACAGUGAGGUGAUAUUUACCUUUACAUUCAGACCUUUUCCAAAGCGAUGAACAGAGCCAAGAGAAGGGCGGUGCAGACUCUCCUCUUUUUCUACCUCCCUUCACCCCUGCGUCCCCUGCACUCUGGCAUGACUAGUCAGCCACAGCCACUCAGCCUGCUUUGGACUUAACAUCUCAGCAGGACAACACGUGAACGGGAUCAAACCUGCUUGUAGAUAUUGUUCUUCUUUACAUUUUUUCAAUAGUCUAUUGUUGCUCAUGUACACAUGACUUGGUGUAUAUCCAGAAAUUGACCUGUUUUGCUUUGUUUUGUUUCCGUUCAUUUUCCUUGUCAUUUGGACUGAGCAGUGGGGUCCGUGCAAGGACGCUUGUCUAUGAUAAGAAGCCCCACCUUGUACUCCUUGUUUGAUUUGUUGUAUCUAUAUUAAUGAGAUGAAACCCCUCUUGUAGAAUAUUUUGUAUUGCUCGCAUUGUAAGACAGUGAGAGGACGGAGGUGCAAUAUGAAGAGAAUUCAGCUACUGAAUGGAACCUCAGCAACUGCCCAUAGGGUGUCAUAUAAUAUAGAUACAUAUAAAUAUAUUUAAAGUAACAUCAGUAACUUAAUGUGAAUGUACAUAGUAUUUAAAGAGGUCCAAAAAUGUGUUUGCCAAAUAACAGAAACCUUUAAAGUUUAAUGUCCAGAAUAUGAUUUUCUCACAGUACACUUGUUUCUCCAACGUAUCAAUGGCUUUUUUUUUUCCAAAUAAUAAUUGAAACACUUUUCUUCAGUGAAGUAGACGUAGGGGAAAGUACAUUCUGACAAAUCAAGUGUGCAUGAAUUGCAUGACUUCCAUGACUACAUAAAUUAGGCUUUAAUGAACUAACUGAAGUUAUUCUAUUACGUUGUCAAGAGAUGUGAUAGUCUUUCAUUCUCAUGUAUUGUGAAUGAAUAUUUUCCGUGUAACAAACUUCCCUAGCAUCGGGUCUGGUUAGUCCCGCAGGAGGGAGACUCAAUUCAUACAGUUCAUACCAAAUUUAGGUCGGAUUUGUUUCAAUUGAGUCUAAUGAAAUAUUACUGCUCAUUUAGAAUAGUUCCUCUGUGACCAUUUCUCUUCAUCACUGUUUAGCUAUGUUUGUAACCUCCAGCUGCAGUAAAACCUUUCAAAGUAGGAUUGACAAAUUAGCCAGUAUUCAGAUGAAAGCCACCAUGGCCCCAGUGUUUUAGAUGUUGUUAUUGAUCAUCAUCUGCAAUUCCAAAAAUUUUAGGGAAAAAAAAAACUGAAUUGAGGGUCUUAUUGCCUUUUUCCAGUUUUUGAGCAUUUCUUAAAACUCCAAACAUGUGGCUGUGGGGAAUAAUUACAUCAUUUAAAGAUGGUCUGGUGCUGAUGGUGCAAAUAAGCUACAAACGUCCCCUGCAUCAAUGUGUAGCAUUUUCGUAUUUAAAACAGAAUGGCCUCCUUGUUGACUUUUAUGGCGCCAUAGCACUCUUCACUUGCUACCUCCUGUGACCAUACAGCUAAUCACCAGGAGAGCUUCACCUGGACUUUGAAAAGAUGGGUUGAGUGCAGACAUUGAAGAAGACAUCCACACCUCUGAAUCGAUUGCCAUUUUGGGUAUUGAAAGGCCUUGCCACCGUAAUUGUGUCAAUCAGACGCACAUUUGUGACCUGCUAGUAAAACGACAACCAAACAUAUCCAUGAACACAGGCAUUGACCAUGACGAGCCAUUUGUCAUCCAAAACCAAUAAAAGCGCAGACCAAAGUACUCCUCCAUUGCCAUAACUGGCUUUGAGCUAUUGUCGUGAUGACAAACCAGAUAGGAUCAGGUUAGAGCUUCAUUACAGUUAACCAAAGUGUCUGAGAUGCAAACAGUCAGACGAACGGAGUGCACCAGUGGACUUUUAAAUGUUCAACGGACAUUCUAAAUCAUGUUUCUGUGACAACAAUAGAAGCAUUUUCCUCGGAAAGCCGACUGUUUGUAUUUUCUAGCAGUAGCAAAGCCUCGCAGAGAUGAAACUAAUGAAUGGUGAGCAUGUGUUCCCGUGUGAUGAGUGGAGUUUUAUAUAAUAAUUUGUUUUCCCCACGUCUCUGUACUUGAAACCCUCCAAGCUUUAAUCAAAGAUCCCAGGCAGACGACUGAUGGAGAGAUUCGCAAUAUGUAGCGACACUUUCUGUGUUAAUACGCUGUGUUAGUGAACAAGAUCAGCAACGAAGCAGUAUUAUGGUGGCAACUCCUUUCAAACACUUUUGACUGGGCGCCCUUGUCUGCACGGAAGCCCUCAAUGAAAGAAACCAAACUAAAUAGACAACUUAGAAAUGACCAAAAUACGUACAACCAAAAGCUAUUUUGCUUCCAUUGUACUGAAGGCAAUGUUUCUGUUUGAACAUUAAUAGAGAGGUUAGGAGGUUGACGUGGGAUGUGAAGAUGGAUUCACACCAAGCAUAAAGACCUGGAGAGUAAGCUGUACUAUUGUUGUGACACUACAUUCAUGAGGGUGUGUCCAACGCGUUGUGUCAUCAAACAAUGAGAUUUGUCAUAUUCUUUUCUCUACUCUGUGAAAAUACGUGGGGUCUGUUGUUGUGAAUACUUUUCAAGACUCUCCACUUUACACCAUUUAAUAGUGGCAGAAAAACAUGUUUAGGAAAGAUACAUUUGAGCAGACUGCCAUAUCUACUGUAGCAUCCUAUACCUGGAACAAUAACAGUAACCAAUGACAUUUCAAGGUUCACCUGACGUGAUGACGCAUCCAUCCUGUGACACAGCCAUUGCCGAUUAGCUACAGUUGAAGGCUAAUGUGGUAAAAGUCUGAUACAGCACUUGUACCCCCCCCCCUAAAAAAAAAAAAGUCAUGGCUCAGGAUGCUCCCGUUUUUACCUUUACAUGAACUGAAAAUGAGGGUGUCUGAAAGUGUUCUAUACUGUAUUGUGCAAUACACUAUGACAUUAAAAAUCGCUCUUCUCUAGGAAAGGUUGACUGAAAAUCUGAAAAUCUUUCUUCGUUUGAUUUCUCUCUCCCUCUCUCUCUCUCUCUCUCUCCAAGUUCCUGUUGCCGUUUUUAGAUGAAGUAAACUGUGCCAGAGGAAUUAAAUCCAGAUUUGUAUUUAUUUCUUGCAUGCUUUCCUCCCUGUUGCUAAUAACGCUCUUUAACUGUUCGCUCUGUUGGAUGUGUGACGCUGUAAAACAUUCUAAUUCAGGUUAUUGUCGGUGUUGAACAAUGUAACUGUGUAAUUAAAAUAUGAAAUGAAAAACAUGCUUCCUCUUUUAUUUCCCCUUCCUAAAUACAUGUUUAUUAAUCACUCACAAGGGAGGCAUGGUGGAGCAGCUGUAAAGCGUUGGGCUCACAGUUCUGAGGAUUGGGGUUUGAAUCCCGGCCCCACCUGUGUGGAGUUUGCAGGUUCUCCCCGCAGCUGUGUGGGUUUUCUCUGGGCACUCCGGUUUCCUCCUACACCCCA